AUGCGCCUCGCGGGAUCUGCUCAAGUGUCAGAUUGCAUCUCGGGGCGGCACAUCAGCAGCCUGAGACCUGUCAGGAUGCGAGGCCAGUGGCCCAUGUAUGGAGCCUGAUGAGGUUACACACCUGGCUGGGCAAAAAUGGGGCGGUGGUGGGCGAUGCGGGAUGGGCGAGGGACAGGCUGGUUGGUUGGUUUGCCGUGUCCAGAGAACCCCACGAGCCAAUCAGCUGUUGGGCAGGGAAAACACUCCGCAGAUGAUGUGCUUUGUUAUUGGCCAAUACAGAGUCAAUCAGGUCUGGUGGUGCCUUGGGAGGUUGGACCAGGAGAAGGUAUAAGGGCCUCCAUCGACUGUACUCAGACAACGUCCCUCUACUUUGGCUCCAGAAUCCGUGCUGCCGUUCUUCUUGGUAAGUCUCUUCCUGUCCUCCCUUCCAUCAGCAACUCAAAACAGCUGGUGGUGUGUGUGCUUUUGUGAAGUCCUGAGAGGAGAUGUCCCCGAUAGAGCCCUCCAGGGCUUUGGAACGAAGUCGAGAGACAGAUGUUCACAAAUCCUGUAGAAUUCCUCUUCUUUGUGGCUCAAAUUCUCAUGUCUUUUCAUGAGGCUCAGCCAGAAAUGGGACUCUGUAUUUUGGUAAGGGAAAGGUGGUGAAGGAUGCUAGGAUGUUCUGGAGAUGUUGGCAUUGGGGGCCCAUCCCAUUAGAGCAGGACAGAGGGACAUACGGCUCUGCCAGGUUUUAUGGACUCCCAAGUUCCUCUAGCCCCAUCAUCCCUGGCCAAUGGCCAGAGUUGUGGCCUGACAACAUCUGGAGAACCGUGUGUCCUCUAGGCUUGCUUUAGGAGAGAACCAUACCUCAAUGGUAGAGCGCUUCCCUUCCAUGUGGAAAAAUCUCCCAAGCUCAAACCACUGCCCACCUCCAACCUUUAACAAGAGGAUCGGGUAGAAAGGAAAGAAGAGGACCGUUAAUGGUUAGACUGCUAAAAGCUAGGUGGAUCAAUGGUCUGUCUCGGUGCAAACCAUGUUCAUCCUACCCAGAGCAGACCCACUGAAAUCCAUGAGCGAGACGAACUGAGGUCCAUUAAUGUUAGUAGGUCUCCUCUGAGUAUACCCCACGGUGCCCAUCCUUUCUGUUUAUAAGAUAUACUGAUAGCAAAUUCAUUCUACCAAUUAUGGGUCCUUGUGUAGCCAGAACAGGACCAGCCAUGCACAAGAAGGAUGUGUCGGUGUGGUGGGGGGAACCUUGCGGUUUGCAGAGAUACAAAACUUUAGGAUGUGGGGAUCCUAAUGGAGGGAAAGCCACCCCAAACAACCCGCAGAAGAUACAGGAUAUGCAGUGGUCACAGAAUCUUGACCGGCUGUUGGGAGAUGGAAUGAGGGUGUUGAAAACCAGGAGAGAAAUGGAAUGGAGUAUCCUGCAAGAGGGUAUGGCUGACAGGCUAGAAUCAUGGAACUGGAAGGGACCCCAGAGGUCAUGUAGUCCAAGUCCCUGCAAUGCAGGAAACAGCGCUAAAUAAUUCCCAGCAGGUGGCCACCCAACCUCUCCUGAUAAACCUCCCAUGAUGUAGAGUCCAGCGCCUUCCAAGGUAGUCUGUCAAACAUCUCUUACCAUCAGAAAGUUCUUCCUGAUGUUUAGGUGGAAUCUCAUUUCUUAUAAUUUGGGUCUUACCCUCUGGAGCAGCAGAAAUCGAGUUUGUUUGUUUUUUUCCAAAAAAAAAUAUUGAUUUUCAAAAAAAAUUUAAACAAACAAACAUAAAUCUCCACCGUAUUUAAACUAAUCUUAGUAACAUUGUUAAGUGACUUCCUCGUAUCCCCUGGUUGAAUUUCAGUGUACAUCAUUCUAACGGUUUUCCAAAACCGAUAUUAUUAUAAAAUUAACUUAAUCACUUAACAUCUUUUUUUCCCUUUCCAAUUCGGUAUUAAACCUAUUGAUUCAUCACAUUACAUGUUUAAAUCCUAAGCCUAUCUGAUAUUUGCAAGCUUUUCCAAUUAAGUUAACUUAACAUGUUUAACUAAAUAGUCUUUAAAUUUCAUCCAUUUCUCCUGAUAAUCCUCCUCCUUCUGGUCACGGACUCUUCCAGUCAGGUCGGCUAGCUCAAGAAAUCGAGUUUGCCCUAUCCUCCAUCUGAAAGCCCUUCAGAGAUUUGAAGGUGGCUAUUGUGUCACCUCCAGGUCUUCUCCAGGCUAAAUCCACCCAGCUCCUUCAACCGCUCCUCACAAGGCUUGGUUUCCAGACCCUUGAUCAUCUUAGUCAGCCUUCUCUUCAACCAUCUGUCUGUCUACCCUACAGAUUUGUCUGUCCAUUCCCCUAAACACACGCUCCUUGGUUCUUUUCCCCUUGGAUGUUCCCACUUUGCUCUCCCCUUCGUCUUUUUCAGGUUCACCAUGACAACUCCUUUGGAAAAGUGCUUGGCCACCAUCGUCGCGACCUUCCACAAAUAUUCCGGGAAGGAGGGGGAUAAGUACAAGCUCAACAAGUCGGAGAUGAAAGAGCUCCUGAUGAACGAACUCCCCGCCUUCCAUGGCGUAAGUCCUUCCAUCAGAAAAAACCCUGGGAUGUUAAGUCGUCGUUUGCGCAAAAACAUUCAGAUUAACUGGGAAGCGUGUAGUGCAUGUCUAGUGAUGUCAAAGUUCAACAAAAAAAUCAGAAGACCCAGUGGAUCAGUUCAUUCUCUAAUCAGUUCAUGCAUAAGGUCCAUAUGUGUGUAAGUGUCUAUUCCACCUGUCUGUUCAUAGAGUCCCAAAAUCCACACAAAAGGUUGUUAAAGUUCCACAGAACCCUUUCACAGAGUCCAAGACAAGGAUUUCUGGAAUAUUAGCCUUGUUUCGCCGUCCUGGGCUUCGUCAGUAGUACAAACUCAUAUAUAAUGUCAUAGGACACCAGAUACUACUAUGCUAUAAGAUCCACUGUCCUAUGAUAUCAUAUAUGAGUUUGUACUACUGAUUCCUGCCAACCUAGCAGUUCGAAAACAUGUCAAAGUACAAGUAGAUAAAUAGGUACCACUCCAGCGGGAAGGUAAAUGCCGUUUCCAUGCGCUGCUCUGGUUCGCCACAAGCGGCUUAGUCCUGCUGGCCACAUGACCCGGAAGCUGUACAGCGGCUCCCUCAGCCAAUAAAGCGAGAUGAGCGCCGCAACCCCAGAGUCAGCCACAACUGGACCUAAUGGUCCCUUUACCUUGUACUACUGAUGAAGCCCAGGAUGGCGAAACAAGGCUAAUAUUCCAGAAAUCCUUGUCUUAGACUCUGUGAAAGGAUUCUGUGGAACUGUAACAACCUUUCGUGUGGACUAUUGGAUUCUAUGAACAGACAGGUGGAAUAGAUACUUGUAUGGACCUUAUGCAUGAACUGACUAGAGAAUGAACUGAUCCACUAGGUCUUCUGCUUUUUUCAUUGAACUUUAUGAUCUACUUCUGUUGAAAUCUACAAUUUAAUACAAUGAAUAGUGUGCCUUAUUUAUUCAAACGUACAGCCGGUUACGUCUUGUGUGUUUAUUGAAUAUGCUUCACGUAACCAGAGGUUUGUUGUUGUUUAGUGAUGUCAAAGGACAUGGUGAGAGGCCUCUGUACCGCAUCUCGAAUCCAGACCCUGCUGAUUAGCUUGAAACUGUAAUAUCCAGAAGGCAGUUCGUGAAAAGGGUAGGGCAGAUGAUAUUUUGAAUUAGUGGAUCUGGAUGUCUUUAAAUGGACAAUUAAGAUAGUUGCCUGCUUUAUCUUUGGGGGUGGGGGAAAUGAUGGGGUGUUUUACUGCCCCAGUCCGCUAACAUUGGCCUUUUACCUGUCUCAGGAAAGAGGAAAGAAAGUACAUUUUCACACAGCGCAUUGUUAAACUUUGGAAUGCCCUCUGAUAGGAGGCGGGGUGGCUACCAAAAUACAGUGGAACCUUGGUUCUCGAACUUAAUCCGUUCCAGAAGUCCGUACGACUCCCAAAACGUUCGAAAACCAAGGCACGGCUUCCGAUUGGUGCAGGCGCCCCGGAAACAAUAGCUGACAGCCGCAUCGGACGUUCAGCUUCUGGAAAAUGUUCAAAAACCGGAACACUUACUUCUGGGUUUUCGGGGUUCGGGAACCGAUUUGUUCAUCAACCAAGCCGUUUGAGAACCAAGGUUCCACUGUAGAUAACUUUGAAAGAGGAUGGCUAGGCUUUUGAAUCCCAGUUGCUAGAAACCACUGGAAGGGAGACAGGGCUUUUGCGCUUGAAUCCUGCUUGCAUUGGCCACUGUGGGAACAGGAUUCUGAGCUAGAUGGGCUGUUGGCCUGAUCCAAAAGGCUCUUAUGUUUUAUAAACACACCUCAAUGCAUUUCUGGGGCAUUUUAUGCUGAAGAUGUGUUUUUUUGCUUUCAGGUGGAAAACGGUAAGUGGUCAGUGGCUGAAAUUUGAGGAUGUACUGGUGGCAAUUUGUGGUCAUAUCCUAGAGCAGGGGUCAGCAAACGUUUUCAGCAGGGGGCCGGUCCACUGUCCCUCAGCCCUUGUGGGGGGCCGGAUUAUAUUUUGAAAAACAAAAUAAAAAAUGAACAAAUUCCUAUGCCCCACAAAUACUCCAGAGAUGCAUUUUAAAGAAAAGGACACAUUCUACUCAUGUAAAAACAUGCUGAUUCCUGGACCGUCUGUGGGACAGAUUUAGAAGGCAAUUGGGCCGGAUCUGGCCCCCGGGCCUUAGUUUGCCUACCCAUGUCCUAGAGGGAUGAACCCAAAGGCCUAUGUAUAUGUAAACUGCCCAAUGCAGAGGCAUCUAAGGUAAAUUCUGGAUGAAGUUUAAGAUUUGUGCGCUACUGAGCACUAUAACCACAAUGUGACCUGAUGGCAGUCUGUGUAAUACUGUUUGUGUCUUAUUAUAUAUCAUUCGUAUUUUUUCUCUUCUCUAUUUUUCUUCUUUAAGUUCUGUUUCAUCUUUUCUUCCUUUCCCUUCUCAUUAAAUUCACAAAUUAAAUAAAAUUAAAAGGCUUGUAACAGGGGAAUGUCCAAGGAAGAAGUGCAAAGGAACUUGGGCUUACAGUGGUGCCUCGGGUUACAGACGCUUCAGGUUACAGACUCUGCUAACCCAGAAAUAGUGCUUCAGGUUAAGAACUUUGCUUCAGGAUGAGAACAGAAAUUGUGCUCUGGCGGCGCAGCAGCAGCAGCAGGAGGCCCCAUUAGCUAAAGUGGUGCUUCAGGUUAAGAACAGUUUCAGGUUAAGUACGGACCUCUGGAACAAAUUAAGUACUUAACCUGAGGUACCACUGUAUUUAGUUGCCUGCCUUCUCAGUGUACCUGUUGCUUGGCCUGUUUGAGUGGAUCUUUAUUUAAAAUGGUUAUUAUUAUUAUUAUUAUUAUUAUUAAAACACCUCCACUCUUUGGCAAAAAGGACCCCAGAGUUGAUAUCAUAAGAUUAUUAUUUUUUAAAAUCUCAAUGCAAUCCCAGCCCUCCUUUUUACAACCAAAAAAGAAAGAAAGAAAAGACACGGCAUGAAAGGAAACGGUGAAGAGGAAGGAAGAGAAAAACAGGCUCUGAAUUAUUGAAGCUAAUGGUUUCCUUUUUUCUUUCCAAUGCUCCCAGAAACGGAUGGACGGGGCAGAAUUCCAGAAGAUCAUGAACGACCUGGACCACAACCGGGACCAGGAAAUAGACUUCCAGGAGUUCUUGUGCUUCCUGGCUUGUGUGGCGAUGGGAUUCGACGAAUUCUUUCGGGGUUGCCCCAAAUGCCCACUCCCCAAAAAAUAA